AUGAGUUCUGUCGUAGACAUACGCUGCCUCAAGUUCGAACUCUUCGCUGGUGAUGGAGUCGACCGCCGAGAAAUCGUGCAGGACGGCCGUGGCACCAUCUCGGCAAUCCUCAUUCGCUCCUACGAGGUGCGCGGUAGCAUUGAGCUUGAGAUUCCCCACGUCAUCCGAGUACAUGUCAAGCACCAGCGUAACUUUGGGAAUGCCGCGGGGCGCAGGCGGAACACAAUCCAGCCUCAGGCUGACCACCUCGUCGUUCUUCCUGACCUCGGGAACCUCGCCUUGGAAGACCGAGACGACGACUGCCGUCUGGCCGUCUACCGUCGUGGUGAGGUGGAAAGUCUUGCUGGCUGGCAGCAUUGUCCACCGCUGAAACACGCGCAACGCCUCGCCGCCGACGGUCUCGACGCUCAGCGUUCGCGGCUGCAGAGAGAACCUUCCGAGGAUGUCCGAGUGUCUCUCGUGUCCGGCAAGGACGUCGGCGAGGACGGCGGCGCCGAAGGUGACGGCUUCGUCAUGAUCCAGGUUCUCCGGUACUAG